AUGUCAGGCCAGUAUGCCUUGAAGCACAGCAAGGGCGUCAAUACAAUUCGAAGACGUCGCUUCACCCUAGGAGCGAUCCUGCUAGUGGGUGUACUCCUCUUUUUCUUCGUGCCUUGGGAGAUUCCUCUUUCAUUUGGAACCACACUGUCGCGUGCAAACGUUGCACGUCUUACCAAGUCGAAGAAGGGGAAAGUUGGAGAAAUUUAUGGCCUCCUGCAUCUCGUUACUGGAGACCACGAGCAAGAACACGUCCUGAGUAAUGCUGUUCAGCUGGACCCAACUCUUCCCAUUGAUCUAUCUUUCUACGGUGGUCAAACGGCUUUGGACUGGAGUGUGGAGCGUGACUAUAUUGAUACCAAAUAUCCCGUUAUCGUAUUCAGCAAGACAUAUUGCCGGUUUUCUCAACGUGCAAAAGACCUAAUUGCCACCUAUAACCUUGAACCUCCCCCGCAUAUCGUUGAGGUGGAUAUGAGAGAUGAUGGCAAUGUGAUCAAGACCCUAUUGACUCGCCUAACGGGUCAAUCUACUUUCCCCAAUAUUCUUCUACAAGGGAAAUCUAUUGGAGGUUCGGAUCGGCUCCAGGAACUUCAUGACCAAAAACUUCUCAAGAAGAUGUUCCAAGAAGCUGGCGCGAAUCCAAAUUAA